AUGGCAUCCAUCCACCUUCCAGGGACCUUAAAGACGUCUAUUUCCGCCAGGGUCAUAGGCUCUCCACCGUGCUGUCCCGGUGUGGGCCUUAGCACGGGUGGGUGUGUUACCAAUCACAUCAGCAAGAAACGCAUCACUUACCUCUACCCUCACAGACAAGGCCAUCCCACCAGCAUGUGCUCCCAAAAGAUGGGCACCCAAGGAGAAACGCCCACCACACCCAGCAUCAGCAGCAGCACAGCACUACAUGGACUUUAUGAACGUCCGGUCCAGGGCAUGUCCAGGGUGAAGCACUUGAGGGUCACAGCGCACCUGCGGGACAUGUCCCAAAGUGGGAAGCAGGGACUGACAAUGAUGUGGUUUAUAAAGCAGAGGAAGCGCAGCAUCCAGCCAGAGGCCGCCUUCCCCCCCAAACCCCAGCCUCCCCCUGUGGCACGCGCUGCAGAGGCUUCUGUACCAGCUACAUUGGUCGGACAACGUGAGAUCCGCUUCGAAGUCAAUGACGUCUUUGAAACUGCUCAAAGAAGGUAA